GAGGACGUGUUCAUUCACCCAUCAUCUGUACUCUUCCAUCAAAAUCCUCCCGAAUAUGUGGCGUUUCAUGAAGUGGUGCGCGGAACAAAAGUAUGGAUUAAGAGUACGACCCGCUCUAUGUACUUUUUCAAAACCCCUCCCAAUACCGCCGACCAUCAAGGAUAUGAAGCCAGGAGAGGUUCUAGUGGUACCAAAGUUUGGUCCUGGCUGGGAGCUACCACCUAUGCGGAAAAUGAAGUGAAUCGUGAAUCUCUUGCUAUAUCAAGUAUACUUCAGAGCAUCUAG